AUGGCAUCACAACAAUCCGAUGAUGAUACUUGUUUUGAAUCACCUGUUAGCAUAAAUCGUCGAGUUUUUUCAUCAUCAUUAUCAACAUCACCGAAAUCAAUGACAGCGAAACGUAAUCAUGAAUCAUCAUACGAUACCGUAAGUCCAUUGUUACGUCAAUUAAAAUCAACAUCAUUAUCAGUACAAGAAAAUGGUGAAAAUGAACGAAGUGUACAUCUUCGUCGUCGACCAAGUGUACUCGAUGAAAAAGCAUUACGUGAAGCUGAUACGCAAUCCGUUCGUGAACAACGUAUUAAUGCUAUUACUCGAAGUUAUGAAGGUAUUUUGGGAAGUAUUGGAGAAGAUCCAUCACGACAAGGUCUUCUUAAGACACCAAAACGUGCUGCUGAAGCAUUAGUUUUUUUCACAAAAGGUUACGAACAAACAAUUCGCGAUGUUGUUAGUGAUGCUAUCUUUGAUGAAGAAUGCGAAAAUAUGGUUGUAGUAAAAGAAAUUGAUAUUUAUUCUUUAUGUGAACAUCAUAUGGUACCUUUUUUCGGUAAAGUAUCUGUUGGUUAUUUACCAAAUAAACGAGUAUUAGGUUUAAGUAAAAUAGCAAGAAUCGUUGAAGUAUUUAGUCGACGUUUACAAGUACAAGAACGUUUAACACGACAAAUUGCAGAAGCUAUUGCCGAAGCAAUUGAACCAAGAGGCGUAGCUGUCAUUGUCGAAUGUCUUCACAUGUGUAUGAUUAUGCGAGGUGCAGAAAAAGUUAAUUCACGAACAACAACAUCAGCAAUGCUUGGUGUUUUUCGGGAAGAUCCUAAAACUCGCGAAGAAUUCUUAACACUUGGUCGUAUUAAGCCAUUUUAA